AUGAUGAUGAAUGUGAUUGAAUUGCGACAAAACCGGUGGAUCCCUCGAAAAGGAGUCGAUCAGGGACCUAAGAAGAUCACUGAGAUUCACAAUGAAAUCAAGCGUGAGCAAAUGGAGAAUCAAAUGCAAAGGGAUCAGGGUGAUAACUCAUUAGGAGCCAACAGGAAAACAUGGCACCAAGGGGCUGGCGGUGGUACUAUCACAACGGAAACCACAAAAGUGGCUGGCAAAAAGGCGCUAGAGAUGAAGCCAACGAAAGAACUCCAGAGAUGUUACCGACGAAAGAGCUGCAUCGUUGGCAGCAGCAAAGACGAUUUGUUCUGGAAAACCCGAGUCUACGGCGAAACUGACUCGGAGGAGGUGAAAGCUGCUCUCGAAGAAAAGUAUCAGAAAAUUGGUAAGGAGGUCGGCGCGAUUUUGGAGAGCUAUGAUGAAGGCGAUUUGAAUAUUCAUGAAUGCGUCCAAGAAAUAUUCGAAAUAGCUUCUUCCGAGAAGUUUGGAUGCCCGAAUAUCAAUGAAAUUUUCUUUGAUUUACGGAAUAUGCUGUCGAAAAGUUUUUCCGUCCAACUCAGUACGAUAGAACGUACAUAUAAUCAAGAAACAAGAAGUCAUCGGAAGAGAAAGCCCCCUUUCUACGAACGCCAGCUUUCCACAAUAACUGCAAAGAUCACCAAAGAAGGAUGA